AUGCAAGUUUCGGAGACUGACAACAAAGACGACGCUUAUUCAAGAGCUACAAUAUUUGAAGAAGAUAUCGGAUUAGACAUUCAUUCUUGUUUGCAAUUUCUACUCGAAUUAUUUGAACGGUGGCUUACACCUCAAACUUCACAAAAUAUAACAAUUAACCUUAAACGAGAAGCUGCAAAAUCGGUUUUGGUAUUGUCAGAUAUUUUCGUUAAUCGUGAACACUUUCAGUGGAUGUAUGAUAUAUUUAUGGAAUUAUAUAAAUAUCAUCCAGCCGAAGACGAUGUCAUGAUGCAGUAUAUUGUCAUUGGAAUUUGUAAAGCCGUUUCAGUCUUAGGAUUAGAUGGCCAAUCAGUUGAUAAAAUUUGUCGCGUAAUUGAAUUUUCACUGAAGAGUAGUUACUUGUCGCUACAGAUUUGUGGCCUGUUUGGAGUACUAUAUAUAUUAGAACCCCAUCCAAUGAGCUCCUUAACAGCAUUCUUAGAUCCGCUAAUUAAUUAUUUGACAACAAAAUUAAGUGAAGUACAAUUGAUGUCGUUUGGAACUAGUUAUCAACAUACUUUGGUAAUGCUAUCGGCAGCUUUCUUUAUUAUUGAACAUUAUGUGGAUGACAUUAAAGACACAAACUUUUUUCAGUUAGUGUUACAAAUUGUUGUGACAAUGAUCAGUGCCAGCGAUGAAGUAACCCCUCCUGUUAUAUAUCAUGCCAUUAUGAGAGGACUAGAGAGAAUUAUUUUAUCCUUUACGUUAACACCGGAUGAAUCGGAUAUGAUUAUCAAACUUAGUAUAGAUAGAUUAUCUAUGCCAAGCCCUGAGAGAGCUUUGUCUGCUCUUGGACUACUUUUAACAUGCAUGUACGCCGGAAAAAUUGAAAGUGAAGCCAACCCUGGUCAAGAGCUUGAUGCUAUGGCCAACGUACAUACAAUUGAGCGAGUGACUAUCUUAUUUGACAGGAUUAGGAAGGGGCUGCCUUCGGAAGCUACAGUAGUUGCUCAUAUUUUACCAUCUGUAUUGGAAGAUUUCUUUUCACCUCAGGAGAUAAUGAAUAAAGUUAUAGGAGAGUUUUUAAGUAGUCAACAACCUCAUCCUCAACUUAUGGCUGAAGUACUAUUUAAAGUUUUUGAAAAUCUUCAGCGUCAGUCGCAGCAGACAGCAGUUACAAAAUGGGUCAUGCUCUCUAUCGGUAGUUUUACGCAAAGGACACCUUUAGCUAUGGCUGUAUGGGGUUUGAAUUGUUUACUAAUCAGUGCUUCAACUAAUUACUGGAUCCGAUCAUUGUUGCCUUAUGUGAUCAGUAGAAUAGGUAAAUUAGAGCAAGUUGAUAAACAAAUAUUUUAUACGACUGCUCUGGAUUUUUUCGUCAAUAAGGUAUGCAAAUGUUUCGAUCCUUUCUGA